GACCCUCAGCUGAAAAUCACUUGACCUUGUAAAAAUCUAGCUAAAGAAAUGGCUUGCUCCUCCUUGCUUCCCCUUCUGUUUCUAGCUUUAUGCCACAGCUCAACCCAAGUUGCAGCUCCUGCAUCAGACCAUAACCCCACCCAAGUCACAACAGCUCCAGUUCCACUGCCAAGUGUGGCUAAAGAGUUCCUACAGUCUCACAACCAAGCAAGAUCAGCGGUUGGUGUUGGCCCUCUCAAGUGGAGCGAGAUGCUAGCCAAUGCCACAAGCAGACUAGUCAGGUACCAAAGGAACAAAAUGGGUUGCCAGUUUGCAAACUUGAGCAACAGUAAGUAUGGUGCAAAUCAGUUAUGGGCUAGUGGCAUGGCUGUGACUCCACUCAUGGCUGUUGAUCACUGGGUACAAGAGAAGAAUUACUAUAACCACACUAACAAUUCCUGUGCACCAAGCCAUAGGUGUGGAGUUUACACACAGGUGGUGUGGAGGAAAUCUUUGGAGUUGGGGUGUGCACAAGCUACAUGCGUGAAGGACCAAGCUAGCUUAACUAUUUGUUUUUAUAAUCCUCCUGGGAAUAUUAUAGGGGAAAGCCCAUAUUAGACAAGUUAUAGCUAGUUAAAUCUCUGGUUAACUGUUUGUGCAUCGUUGGAACUUGUUUAAGAGUUGUUUUUACCUUUUUUGAA